AUCAUCAUGCUGCAGGGAAUUCCCGAAAUCGUGCAGUUCAUGAUGAACAAGGGCUGGGUGCUCAGCUGGCUGCUGUGCAAGACCAACCGCUUCGUGCUGGUGGUGGCCCUCUAUGCUUCGGUGAUGACCUUGGUGUCCAUUUGUGUGGAGAGAUACAUCGGGAUCGUGCACCCGAUGCGAGCUCACAUCCUGUGUAGCAGAACCCGGAUUGCAGUGACCGUCUCCGUCAUCUGGCCGGUGGCUGUGGUAGCUGGCACUCCCACUCUUCUGUUUAAUGAAAUGCAGAACAGUGCUGGGGAUGUCAAGGUGAAGUUUUGCCACAUGCACUUCCCCCAUGACCCACUGACCUACUUCCUAAUGUUUAAGUACACGGAACUGGCCAUCUUCUACGUGCUGCCCCUGAUGGUCCAAGUGCUGCUCUACGGCCAGGUCUCCAGGCAGCUCUUUCACGGCUCCAGCAAACUGCGCAGGGAAAGUGCCAGCGACGCGCUGCUGGCCAGGCGAGGAGUAGUGAAAAUGUUGAUGCUGAGUGUCCUUGUGUAUCUGCUGAGCUACUUUCCCCACCACGCACUUCUAGUCUACAUGACCUUCUGGCCAGAGGAGUUUCAUACCACAUGGACCCUGAAUGUCCUGGUGAGUGUUCUGGCCUACAUGAACUCUGCCGCCAACCCGGUUCUCUACGGCAUCUUUAGCCAGAACUUCCGACUCAGCUUCCGCUCUAUAUUGUGCCGGUCACCCCGGCAACCAGCGCUUCCCAGCUGUCAGUUCUACAGAAAGGCCACCUUUAGCACCAGUGGCAAGUUUGCUAGAGCUACAAGCCUUAUCCAUUCGGGUCAGUCGGAACUGUAG